AUGAUAGCAUUGAGGUCAGCAAGGCAUUCAAUGGGUAGGCCAAGGAAGGAGUUAAUCAGAAAGUCAUCAAUAGGAUCAACAGUUGCCACCCCAACCAAUCUGCACUUUCCUUAUGCUGGCCCUCCACGAUUUCCUUAUGUCGAAGCAGUUGAUGAGGUUCCAGAUGAAUAUUUUGAUGAUAUUUUUAAUCAAGCUUCACAAAUUUCCUUUGAAGGUGGACAAGAAGUGGGUAAUGACAACAUGGGAACAAUAGAAGUGCCUGUGUAUGGACAUAAUAUUGACAAUGAAGAUAGGAUAAAGGUACCUGUCAAUGUUGAUGAUGAAGAGGAUAGUGAAGAAGACUGUGACGUUGAUGGUAGGAGGAGAGUAAGAGAUCUUCAAGACAGUGAUGGUGAUGAUUUUGUGGCUUUUGAUCAUGAAGAAGACUCGGAUACAAACUCAGAAAAAGCUUUCAACUCACCUAACCACUCUUCAGAUGAGGAUGGUGAAAUGAAGAGGAAGUAUCCAGAGUUUUGUAAGUCUGAUUUGAAUAAUCCCAAGCUUGAGAAAGGAAUGUUAUUUGGAAGCAAGGAGAUCUUGAAGACAGCUGUUAAGAAUUAUGCAGUGAUGGGAAAUUAUUUAAUAAAAUUUGUCAAAAAUGAUAAGAGGAGGAUCACUGCAAGAUGUACAAACUGCACUUGGAUGCUUCAUGCUUCAUAUAUGCAACUAGAGGAAACGUUGCAGAUCAAGACCUUUAUUGAUAAACACAUUUGCGUCCGAAAUCCUACUAACCCACAUGUCAAUUGUGUAUACAUAGCUCAAAAGUAUAUAGAUCGUAUCAUGGAUGAGCCUGAUAUUACGAUUAAAAAUCUUAAGAAGGCAGUGAAGAGGGACUUAGGAUAUAAUGUUUCAGAUAGCCAAUGUUCUAGAGCUAAGAGGAAAGCCAAAAAAAUAAUAGAAGGGACUUACAUGGAGCAAUACUCAAGGCUGUGGGAGUAUUGUGAUGAGGUGAAAGCAACAAAUGUGGGAAGCACAAUGAAGAUAAGGGUGGAGCCUCCUCCGCACUUGCAAAGACUUUAUGUAUGCCUUGAUGCAUGCAAAAAAGGCUUUCUGGCUGGUUGCAGACCUAUCAUUGGAGUGGAUGGAUGUCAUUUGAAGGGUCCUUUUGCAGGUCAAUUACUUGUUGCAGUGGGUGUUGAUGCCAAUGAUAACAUGUACCCUAUUGCAUAUGCUGCUGUGGAGUUGGAAACUAAGGAGACAUGGAGCUGGUUUUUGGAGUUGCUAAUGGAUGAUCUUGGUCCUGUAGAAGACCAUGGAUGGAUAUUCAUAUCAGACCAACAAAAGGGGUUGGACAAAGCCUUUGAUAUUGUUGUGCCUCAAGCCCAACAUAGGUGGUGUGUUAGGCAUAUGUAUGGGAACUUCAAGGAAAAGUAUAAGGGCAAGGGUUUGAAAGAUCUUUUAUGGAGUGCAGCUAGGGCUCCCAAUUGCCAUGACUUUGAGGUUGAGAUGAAUAAGCUGAAAGAGAUGGAUGGUGAUGCUUAUAAUUGGUUGAUGGGGAAAGAUCUAAAUAAGUGGGCUAGACAUAGCUACAUCUUGGGUGCCCGAGAUAAACCUAUAUUGACCAUGCUAGAAAUGAUAAGGUGUAACCUAAUGAAAAGGUUAGAAGUGAAGAGGAUUGCUAUGGCAAAACAUGAGGGGGUCAUUUGCCCUAAAAUUCAAAAGAAAUUGGAGAAGAUAAAGAUGCAUUCGGCUAGGAAUUGUAUGCCAACAACAGCUGGAGCAUUUGAAUAUCAAGUGGGAGAGUACUUACAUGAUCAACAUGUGGUAAAUAUAGCAUUGAAGACAUGCUCUUGUAUGAGAUGGGAUCUUAAUGGUAUCCCUUGCAUUCAUGCCGUUGCUGCCAUAUAUCUUUAUAGGGGUUGUCCAGAAGAUUAUGUAGCUUCAUGCUAUCUUAAGGACACUUAUUUGAAGGCUUAUGAGCCAAUGAUUCAUCCAAUGAAGGGCUUUAACAUGUGGCCAAAGUCAAAUCAAAUACAACUCUUACCUCCAAUUGUUAGAAAACAACCGGGGAGACCAAAAAGGAGUAGGAAAAAGGACCCUGAAAUGGAGAAGGUUGUUGAUACCAGUGGUACUAAACUCAAGAGAAAAGGCACUGUCACAUGUACCAAGUGUUGGAAAAAAGGCCACAACAAAAGGAAUUGCUCUAAUCAGCCCCAAGACCCUCCACCUGGAACCUAUAUUGAUAAAAGAUGGGGACUUCCAGCUUCUUUGAAGAAAAGGAGAAGUAAUGGUGCUACAGAUGUGGCCUCCUUUUCUCCUAUGCCAACUCAAGAGAAUGUGCACACCACUCUGAUGCAAAGACAAAAGCUUCCUAUUAGGAAGGGUUAUGUAAAUGCUCCAAAUGCACCAAGGCCAACUCCUCUUGUGCCCACUUCAAGACCAAUUCCUCUUAUGCCCACUCCAAGACCAACUCCUCUAUUUAUACCCACUCCAAGGCCUAUUCCUAAUAUGCAAAUUGGAAGUUUAAGCUCUGUGAAUCAAAGACAAAUUGGCGGUGCAAGAUCAAUGAAUACAAGACCAACUCUUAAUAUACAAAUGGGAGGUGCAAGUUCUGUGAAUCCAAGGCAUAUGGGAGUUAGCAUUAGGCCUCCACUAUCAAGGCAAAUGGGAGGUUCAAGUGCCCGAUGGAACCCACCAGGAAAAGCAACAAAUAAGAAAAAUUCCAAGUCAACUGAAAUUGCUUAUUUUGGUUGUUGGCCAAUAUUUUGUGAACUGAAGUUGGCCAUUACUUUUGAACGUAGUUUAAUAACAUACUUUUUUGGCUGCAAGUGUAAGACCCCUGUUUUGGGUAUAAUGCAAUCAGAUUUGACUAAAGAAACACUCAAAUGUUUUGUGAAAUAG